AUCUUAUGAUUGAAAACUCGGCGACGAAGGCCACCACUUCUCCGUUUCAGGCAAGAGGUUAGGGACGACGAACCCUCUCUUCUUCGUCUUCUUCUUGGUCUUUCUAUUUCUCCGGUAGGCUGAAUCAGUUCGGCUGUCUAUGAACCUCUUUGCUUUUUCGUUGAGUUGGAACUUGGAAGAGAGAGAAACGGAAUAAGACAUUAAAUGACGUGGCCAAAUAUAAUUGGUUGGUCCAUAUAAAACGUGAACCGAAGGGACCGUAGAAUGCGAGCUCCUUUCACCUUGGCUCGUGGCUCCUAACUCGUACGAGCCAAUAGCCAACCCUGCAGAAAGAAGCGUUCGUCUUUCUCUAGGGAUUAGGGUUUUAGUUACAGAGGUGAGACUUGGCGGAAGUUCAGAGCUUUGAAAUCGACUGUUACAGUUACUGUUGCGGGGCGCUCAUCCCCCUUUUUCUCUUCUUCGUUGGUGCAAAGUUGUUCUAGAGAUAUGCAGUCUUUGUGUAGAAGCCUUCGAACAAUCGAACGCCGUUUUACGAGUUCGAAAGUUGUUCAUCUUAAAUCAUCACAGGGUUAUCGCUUAUGUGGUGGUUCUGGAUUCAUUGCUUUGGAGCAUAAAGUUGGUGGAGGAGGGGCUUCAUUAUUUUAUAAGCCAUCGAAUCAUCUUUCAGAGGGCUUCCUUUCCUCAUUGCGUCCCGAGUCUCCUUCAUGCUUUGGGGUAACAUUGCAAGCUAAAUUUGGCAUUGAAAAAGAAUCAUCAACAUAUCAAACUGAAGGUUUGAAGUCACUGUCAUAUGGAAAACAAGAGAAAACACUAUUUCAAUGGGGCACUGUGGGGCCCACUGGCCAUACUCCCAUCAGGCGCAUUACAACAAUGAAUCAGCCAGAAGGAUCUAUCUUGCAAGAUUCUGCUGCUUCCAAUCCUGAUGUUGCUCCUCGGAUCAAAUUUAAGAGGCUUGAUAAAACAUCCAGGCAUAUAAUGCAGAUUCUGGAUAAAGAGGCUGUGGAGGAAGUAAGGGUACAGAGAGAAAUACCUGAUAUAAAGCCUGGAUAUAUUGUUCAGCUCAAAGUGGAAGUUCCUGAGAACAAGCGGCGUGUUUCGAUUCUGAAAGGCAUUGUUAUAGCAAGAAGGAAUGCUGGUCUAAAUACAACAUUUAGGUUAAGGAGGCUGGUGGCAGGGGUUGGCGUGGAAUCUGUCUUCCCUUUAUACUCUCCCAACAUAAAGGAGGUGAAAGUGCUGGACAAGAAGAAAGUAAGAAGGGCCAAGCUUUAUUAUCUCAGGGAUAAGAUGAAUGCACUCAAGAAACAAUAGUUGCAAUUGAUUUGAUUGGAGAAGAUAAAAAAGGUGCUUUCUUUUAGGUUAAGACGACUCGGUGUAAAAUUUACUUACUGGACCAUUUGCAAUUUUGACUCAGCAUAAUAUUUCUUUUUUAUUUCCUUGAGAUUUUGAGGAUAUUAAAAGAACCUAGUGUACAGGGGUACAACCGUACAAGUAGCAAGCUGUACUUGUUCCAGAGUUGAUUAGCUAAUUUGGCAUUGUAGAAGAGAGACCAGUUGAAAAGGGGCUUUUGAUCAUUUCCCAUUAUUCAGCUCUGGGAUUGAGGAUUUGAAAAUCUGAAUGGCCUAAUUGGCUCCCAUUCA